AAGGGCAGUGCCAAAGAAUGCUCCAACUACCGCACAAUUGCACUCAUUUCACACGCUAGCAAGGUUAUGCUUAAAAUUCUACAAGGCAGGCUUAAGCAGUAUGUGGACCAAGAACUCCCAGAAGUGCAAGCUGGAUUUCAAAGGGGCAGAGGAACCAGAGACCAAAUUGCAAACAUGCGCUGGAUUAUGGAGAAAGCUAGAGAGUUCCAGAAAGACAUCUACUUCUGCUUCAUUGACUAUGCAAAAGCCUUUGACUGAGAGCCA